AUGUCCUACAUUUCAUAUCCUUCUGCAGUGUCGCGGCGCACGACUACGCAGACUAGCGGUGACGCACGCGGGGAUACAUUCGGUGAGUACGCGACGUACCGCCGUGUCAUUCGCACGGUGCUGUGCGGCGUCCUCUUCGCCACACCGCUUUGUGCCGCUGCCCCGAUGUCGCCGCUGCUCAAGCUGUCGCAGACGCAAGAGAACAAGAAGUCCAUCAUUCCUCGAAUGAUGAGCGACUUCUUCUAUGUAAACUUCUUCGCAAGCACCGCGGCGUACUGGGUACUGGUUGAGCCGUUUAUCCCGAACCCCAGAGCCAAGGAGGGCUUCGUGCCGUACCUCGGCCCGGUCACCGCCGAGAUCCCUGCCAUGAGCUGCCUCUUUGCCUCGCACCUCUUCUACCCGGGCCUGUGGGCGAUCGUGAAUGAGCCAACCUGGAAGCUUCGCCGCCAGGAGUUUGUGCGACUAAACGUCAAGUGCUUCUUCGCGUUUGGCCCUGUUCAUGUGCCAGCCGCCGUUGGUCUCGGCGCGGCGGUCGGAGUCGUCCUUUACCCGUUCAAGUACAUGAAGCUACGUGCUCAGUGCCACGAUGAGCGGCAACACGCUUCCUAG